AUGGGGUCUUUAGAAUCUAUUAAGACUCCAGGUCUUGUGAGUUCAAGGUAUAAUCUUCGUUCUAGACAAAGGGUGCGACAGUCGAUUGAAAUCCCGGUUCUCGAUAUAGGAAAAGACACAGAUUUUAUUGAAAGCUCAUUCCAAGAUGGUUCCUCUUCCCCAAUUGCAGAUGUAAUUGCUUCUGAGGACGAAUUCGAACGAGACGGUAGCGUUGCGACUACUGUCGCUGAAGGCACCGUAUCCGGCUCAAGCACAGUAACAGAAGCUCUUUCUGAGUAUGGUCAAUUGAAGGGAACUGAAUCUCCAUUUGUUCCGACUAUCGACGAGAAUUCAAAUGCAUUAUCUCUUGUAGUGGACAUACCCAAACUAGCAAAACAAGAAAGUGAAACCGCCCAGUCUGUGACUCUACGAACUGAACAGAACAAACAGAACGAAAGUGAAACCUUUGUUCCUAGACCAAAGGACCGAAACUCUGCUAUUACAACAAGUGUCUUUGAACAAGCCGCCUCUACCAAACUUGCAGAGAAGGUGGACGAAGAAGAAGAAGAGGGAAGUGUUUACGAUGCUGGUUCUGAUGUAGACAGUGAUUACACUCCAGAGAAUUUAGUAAUUGUUUCUUCUGAUGAAGAAACACCGUCUAUCAUCGCUGCCGAUGAGGACGAAGACAAAGAUUUGACACCAGUCACCAUUUCUGCGGAGUCACAAGCAUUAAUUUCGGACGAUGAUGUGCCUUUGUCUAGCUUGAGUACUUUGAAAAAACGAAAGCGUGGGCGCCGCGCAACAGGUUCAGGAAGAGCGCCUAAAAAGGAGACUUUUGAGUGGAAGGGUAUCCCAGGGCAUGAACGUACAAGAAUUCGUUUGGAGAGACAACAUCCUGAACUUAUUGGUUUAUGGGAGCGUUUAGAAUCCGAAAGCGUUUAUGAAGUCAAGCUUGCUGAACAGCCUAAGGAGCUUAAGCUUCAACUGUUGCCAUUCCAACGGGAAGGUUUGAGUUGGAUGAAGCACCAGGAGGAGUCCCAUUUUCACGGAGGUAUUUUGGCUGACGAAAUGGGUAUGGGAAAGACUAUUCAAACGAUAUCAUUACUGCUUUCCGAGCCGCGGGGCAAACCAAACCUCGUCGUGGCUCCCGUUGUCGCACUGUUGCAAUGGAAGUCAGAAAUUGAAAUGCAUGCCGACAACUCACUUCGCGUGUACAUGUUUUAUGGUUCAUCGCGUAACGUUACCGCUGAAGAACUGAAGGAAUACGAUGUGGUGCUAACAAGCUACAAUUUGGUGGAAUCCGUGUUUCGAAAGCAACACAAAGGAUUCCGCCGUAAGGCUGGACUUGUAAAGGAAAAGUCGUUACUUCACUCAGUUGACUUCUAUCGAAUCAUUUUGGAUGAAGCGCACAGUAUUAAGUCGCGUUCGUGUAAUACCGCCAAAGCUGUAUGUGCGUUACAGUCAAAUCGAAGGCUUUGUUUGUCCGGAACACCACUGCAAAACCGCAUUGGUGAAUUGUUCUCUUUGUUGCGUUUCCUAAAAGCAGAUCCUUUUGCUUACUAUCUUUGCAUGAAAUGCGAUUGCAAGUCUCUUGACUGGGCUCGCUCGGAAUGUAUCGAUAACUGUGGCCAAUGCGGUCACAGUUCCGUGAGUCAUAGGUGUCAUUUCAACGCAGAGAUGCUGAAACCCAUUCAAAGGUUUGGAAACGAAGGGCCUGGCCAAAUUGCGUUCUCUAAGGUGCACAAGUUGCUGCGCCGGAUUAUGUUGCGGCGAACGAAAUUGGAACGUGCCGACGAUUUGGGUCUUCCGCCGCGCGUUGUUGAAGUACGGCGGGACUUGUUUAAUGAGGAAGAAGAGGAUUUGUAUCACUCGCUUUUCAUGGAAUCCAAACGUAGAUUCAACACUUAUGUUUCACAAGGUGUUGUUCUGAACAACUAUGCUAACAUUUUCCAACUGAUUACGCGAAUGCGUCAGAUGGCUGACCACCCAGACCUUACUCUAGCAAGUAAAACCAAAACGGUUGAUGUGAAAACGCAAGACAACUUCGUGUGUUGCAUCUGUGACGAGGUCGCCCAGGAUGCUAUCAGAUCACGCUGCAACCAUACUUUCUGCCGGUUUUGUGUGUCGGAGCUCAUCAACUCGUCUGCCACAGAGGACGUCCAAUGCCCGUCCUGUUUCCUUCCUCUAAGCAUCGACUUGAGUGCGCCCGCGUUGGAGGAAGUUGGCGGGGAGGAGGCAAGCAAACAGAAGACGUCCAUUCUGAACCGUAUCGAUAUGGACAAUUGGCGCUCUUCCACCAAGAUUGAGGCCCUUGUGGAAGAAUUGUAUCGGCUGCGAAAGAAAGAUCGCACCAUCAAGUCCAUUGUGUUCUCGCAAUUCACAUCCAUGCUUGACCUUGUUCACUGGCGCCUGCGUAAAGCGGGAUUCAACUGUGUCAAGCUGGAAGGCGGUAUGACGCCCAAGGCUCGCGAUGCCACUAUCCAAGCAUUUUGUACGGAUAUCAACAUCACUGUCUUCCUAGUGUCGCUCAAGGCAGGCGGCAUUGCGCUCAACUUGACCGAAGCAUCUCAAGUGUUUAUGCUGGAUCCCUGGUGGAAUGGUGCUGUGCAAUGGCAAGCCAUGGACCGUAUCCACCGUAUCGGACAACGUCGUCCAAUUCGCAUUACGACGUUAUGUAUUGAAAACUCCAUCGAGAGCAAGAUUAUCGAGCUCCAGGAAAAGAAGGCGCAAAUGAUCCACGCAACCAUUGAUCGAGACGAAAAGGCACUCAAUCAGCUAACCGUCGAAGACAUGCAGUUUCUGUUUACCAACUAA